AUGCCUAUUACCAACGACAUGGAAUCCCAUUCACACCGACGACGACGGAAAUCCACCCAGCCUUCCGCGAUGUGCCUCCACCCAUACCCAACCUGUCAAUUAUACCUGACAUUUCCUCCGCCACCUCUCAAGCCCGUACCGACUACACCGAAAUCACCACCUCGAGCUACCAGGGGAGUGGUCAUUGACGGCACUGCCGCCUCCGCCUCCUCGUCAACCUUUCUCGACGGGCGCAAGUUUUCCGGAGGGGCUGCUUCGGCCUCGCCGCCCAUUGCCAUGUCUGCCACGAUGCGCGACAUAUCGCGCGACCUGAAGAGCAUCAACAUGCCGGCAGAGCGGGAGCGGCGACGAUCCUCGGGACCCCGAUUCUACAGCAACUUGAGAGACGUCCGCAAGGUCCCACACAUCCCACAGAUGACGGGGUCACCUCGCGGCCGCCGGUCUCCACGAUCUCCACUGCGAGCCGACGCGGGCAUUUCCAAGGGUCAUUCUCCUCGCACGAUACGGGCCCGGUACCCCCCUCCUAGAUCCAGCUCGUAUACUGAAGCUGCGCGCCAGAGUCGUUUACAGCACCAGGCCGAGAUCCGACGCAGGCGCGAGCUGUAUGAGGAGUGCGAGAAAUUACUUGACUCGGGCAGAUACACGCACGCACAGCUCAUGCGGCAUCGUCUGAUCAUGCAAUUGGCCGACGAGGAGCGGGAGCUGAUGUUCUUCCAGCACGAGCAGCGAAUAAGGAGGACGGAAUGUCGGUGUGCUGCGCCGCGGAGGGGAGAGAAGAAAAGCCGCUGUACCGUAAUGUAG